AUGGAGAAUGAUGUCUCUCGUCCCCCAGAGUCUGACCAUAAGAAAGACCUCAGAUCGGCAUCAACUUGGUCUCCAUCCGAAGGUAGUUCCAUCCAGCAUUCUCCAUUACUUCACUCUUUAUCUCCUCCAGCCUGGCAGGGCACGACCACCAGCGAGACUAGGCUUCUGAAUCCCCACCAGGAACCCAACCAAACCGUUACAGCUAUUGACUCUCAAUGUUCCUCAACUUGGUCGAAUAUUCUCAAGAGCAGAUGGUUAAUGGUCGCAUGUCUUGUCUUCGGCAUCGCAGCUGCUGUUGGUCACGACACUCUCAACAAUCAUCUCUUUGGUAAAGAAGCCAAGAAUCAAAUCUGGUGGCUUCGACUCGGGCAGUCUCUCGCCUUUGUCUCGAAAGCAAACUUUGCUAUUGCAGUCUCACUAGCUUACCAACAAAUUGCUUGGACGUCUGUCGCUCAUCGGAGCUUCUCCGUGCAUGCUGUUGACUCGCUCUUUGGUGCAGCACAUAAUGCCAUUGAGCUUCUCAACGCUGAGGCAUGGAAGAAGUCAUGGUUUGUUAUGCUUCUCGCGCUUUAUAUGUGGAUAUCGCCGUUCGUGGUCAUCUUCACUUCGGCGACUCUGAGCGUCGUCAGGCAUGAGGAUAGGACAUGCCAUAACGUCCGGACCCUCAACUUCAACCACGAGGCGAAGAAGAAGUGGACUCACGGGAGAAAGGCAGAUGGCGAGGAGAUAAUGCAAGGGGCCAGAAUAUCAUGGUACAACGAUACCUUACCAGAUGAGGAUGGGCCGGAUGUCUUUGACUUUUGGAUCAGUCCGAGUGCAUACCUCGAAGAGAUCUCUUCCAGAGUUCUUACAGGAGGGCAGGCGCUUCAGAGAGACGAUGUCGCCAAUGAAAUCUGCGGGAAAGGAUGGGAUUGUUCAACGGUUAUCCACUUCACCGGCCCGGGAUAUAAGUGUGAGCAACUCGCCAACGGCACUAACUCGACCGUCAAGCAGUUCAACGGCAGGGAUGCCCCGUUCAACAUGAGCAGGAUGAUUCCUGAGGGUUGGAAUACUUACAAUUGUGUUGCCGACGAGGGAGACUACUCCGAACGCCAGAUUGUGCAUGAAAAAUACUUCAAUCGACCAUUGCAGACACUUCCGUUCCCCGAGAAUCUUGGUGCUUUCAGAACAGAGCCCAUCAUAUGGCUAGGCUAUGUUACAGUCGACGAUGUACUGGUCAAACACGCUGAAAACAGCAGCCAAAAAGGAUGGGACACAGAUUUUACACCCAUUAUUUCGGCUUGCGAGCACUGGCAGGUCAACUACACAGUUAGCCUGACAUACACGCAGGGCUUCCAGUCGUACAACGUUACCAAUCGGGAGUAUCUGCGCAAGGUCAUCAAUACGACAUAUGUGGACGACUCAGCUGACGACGGAACGUUGGACAAGACUGUCGCGGAACCACAAGAGAACUACGUGUAUCCCAAAGAUUGGAGAAAUUAUCAACGCAUUGCAGCGUUUCACUCGCUGGGGCUAAAGUUACGAGAAUUACUGCAUGGGGGCUUAUCACUUCCUGAUAAAGGGAAGAGUACCGAGAUCAUGACGUCGAAGUUGGUUGGGCGGCAUGAGUUUCUUCCUGUCCCUGAUUUUGAGAGUCAGAUACGGAGGUUGUAUGAGAAUUUGAUCAUUUCGUUGUUGUCGGAUACACAAUUGCUUAUUGUAUCGUGGGCGGCAAACCCAGAUGAACCGUCUGGAACACGACCUGUGAAAAAUGGGACGGAGUAUCCCUGCAUCAGAAGAACGACGGUGGGAUACUUCUCUUAUCAGAGAAAAGUUCUGGUCAGUGUAUAUGCUGUUUCGUUUGUCAUUGUAGCUGUUGGCGUGGCAUAUGGGAUGAAGGCCAUGAGGCAAGAUGGAGUAGAGGAGUUGCCGGAGGUUACUUUCUCGUCAAUUGCGGUCGCGACUAAGGGUGUGAGCUUGAAAGGUUGCAGGCGAGAUAAUAAGAUUAGAGCUUGGCUGGUCGAGGGUGAGCAUGAGGGUAGAGUGUAUGAGUUCAGGAAUGAGGAAGACACGCAACGAAAGAGCAGUGCUGGUCCCAUGGCGAGUGCCUGA